GUCGCACGCGCGCGAGCGAUCGACUUCAUACUUCCAGACACCGGCACUCCCGAACGGUCACCGCCGUCUCUCGUAGUCAAAGAUGUCUCGACUCGUUGUGCUGGCAGUGUUGUUGGUAGCCACUUUCGUGACAGGCUCCAGCGCUCAGCGUGGGCCCGAGCUGUGCUUCCUCCCACCUGACCGUGGACCCUGCCGUGCCUUCGUCCCGUCCUUCUACUUCGACAGUUCAUCCGGAACCUGCCGCGAGUUCAUCUACGGCGGCUGCCAGGGCAACGCGAACCGCUUCAAAACUCAGAGACAGUGCCUCCGCACCUGCGUCUGAGAUCGCUUAUUUUACGUUUGAAACGCCGCAGAAGCCAUGAUGUAUGCUACAUCUGGAGUCACGCUCUUGUUUGUGUUUUUACCAUAAGCUAAUAAAUGCACUGCUCUUGCGCCUCCUUUCUCGAACG